CACCUUCGUCUCGACCACAAACACCACAAAACCAGACGAGCGAGCAUAGUCACAAUCACACUCAAGACAUCAAAAUGCGUUCCGUCCUAAUAAUCAACCCGAACUCAACGGAGAGCAUGACAAACGGGCUGAAGCCUCUAGUCACCGCGCUCAAGUUCUCAGAUACCAAAUACACAUACUUCACCGCGCCUUCAGGCCCCAAAAGCAUCAACAACGAGGACGACGCCGAAGAAUCCGUGACCCAUUGUCUCCCCGCUCUGCGCCCGCUGCUCGACUCCCACGACGCCUUCCUCGUCGCGUGCUACUCGCAGCACCCGCUCGUGCCGCUGCUCAAGAACGAGCGCGCGGUGAAAAGUGCCAGGAAACCCGUCACCGGCAUUUUCGAAGCGAGUGUGGGCACCAGUCUGCAGAUUAUCCAUCCCGACGAGAAGUUUGGCAUCGUCAGUACGGGCAAAGUCUGGGAAGACAUCUUGACAAAUGCGACGAUCAAGUUUUUGGGCUCGGGGUUGGAGAGGUUCGCCGGCGUCGAGACGACGGGGCUGAAUGCGACGGAGCUGCAUGAUGCGCCUGCUGAGGAGGUGAGCAGGAAGAUGAAGCAGGCUGUUCAGAGGCUGCUUAGGAAGGGCAGUGUGGGCGCGAUCUGUCUGGGCUGUGCGGGCAUGGCGGGCAUGGAUGUCAUGGUGCGGGAGGCGUGUGUGGAGGAGUUGGGAAGUGAGGGGGGAGAGGCGGUGCGCAUUGUGGAUGGUGUUGUAGCGGGGGUUGCGUGGCUUGAGGGCGCGGUGAGAAGUGGGUUCUAGACGUGUAAGAUAUCACAAAAGUUUUCCGAUUUCAUAGUCUACGUUAUCCAGAAAUCACCUUCCCCUUGGGCUUUCUCAUACCAC